CUCGUUUGUUAUUUGCAAUUUGUUGAUUUCCGCUUCAUGUUUCUGUGAUAUUGGAAAUCCUUCGAGAAUGGCUUUAAAUAUCUUUAGAAAAUUUGCAGUAAAACCAUUAAUUUCUGUUUAUAUACAAAAGUCAUGUAUUCGCUGUUUGUCUACAAGACUUGCAGAAGUUGGCAUCCUUGAACCACCAAGAGAACAUGGUAAAGCUUAUGACACAGGACAAUUGUUCCUACACAAAAUAUUUGGAUAUCGAGGUAUUAUUUUGUUCCCCUGGCUGGCUCAUGUUUAUGAUCGUGAUACUGCAGCAAAGACAGAAGAAAGAUCUUUUGAUGAUCAAACCACUGCAGUGGGGAAAGAAGUCAAGGGAAAAAACCAUACAUAUUACCAAGUGUUAAUUGACACCAGAGACUGCCCACAUAUAAGAGCUCAGACAGAAGCUGUUACAUUUCUUGGUAACCAAGACAACAGUCGGGCGCUGUAUGCUAUCCCUGGUCUUGACUAUGUAGCACAUGAAGACAUUUUACCGUAUAACAGCCCUGAACCAGUCCCAAUCCAACACGAACUCUUUGAGAAGUUUCUCAUGCAUGAACCAGAAAACAAUCCACCAUUUGUAGCUCGGGACACUUUGGGGGCGUGGCAAGAAAAAAAUCACCCUUGGUUACAGCUAUCUGAUGUUCACAGAGAGACAACAGAGGGGAUUCGUGUCACUGUGACACCUUUCUACAUGGGCUGUAGGGAAGCUCAACAAACUCAUGUAUACUGGUGGCGUUAUUGUGUUCGUCUAGAAAAUAGGGGAUUAGAAACUGUUCAACUUCGAGAGAGACACUGGAGGAUUUUUAGUUUGUCUGGAACACUGGAGACUGUCAGGGGAAGGGGAGUCGUGGGUCAGGAGCCAAUACUUUCUCCGGAACAACCUGCGUUCCAGUAUAGCAGCCAUGUUUCACUCCAAGCACCUAGUGGACAUAUGUGGGGUACCUACAAGAUGGAGCGUCGAGAUGGAACCAGUUUUGACUGCAAGAUUCCGCCUUUUUCCUUAGAGAGCAAGUCUGAUGAUACAAAUAACCCCAGUCAAUUCUUGGGGAGCUAAUCAUCCAAUUCACAUAUCUGUAUGAAAAACAUUGUCCUUCAAAACCUUUUUUCCCGUCUGGUGUGUUAAGCAAUGUUAUUUAUCUGACCCUUUUUUUGUUAUAUGAAAGCGGAGUACCAAUAAACUGUAAUGAAUAAAUGUU